AUGUCCCGCCGCCACGCUCGCCCGCUCCUCCCCCUGCUCCGCCGCCACCUCCACCGCUCCGCCACCGUGCACCGCUCGCCCGCGCCCGCGCCUCCCGACGGGAUCCCCUCCUCGUCGUCGGCGCCGCCGGAUCCCGCCGCGGCGCGGUGGCCGUCGUCCUGGUCGCCCGCCGCGCCGCCGCUCCAUUCGUUCGCGGCGUCCCACCUCCGCGAGGCCGUGUCCCCCAUCGCGGCCGCGAUCCUCGCGCUCCCCGGCGUGGACCCGGACCCGUUGCCCGCCCUCGUCGAGCACAACUUCCCGACCCUCCUCGCCGUCUCGCCGCUCGCCUCCCUCGAGCUGCUCUCCCUCCUGCGGCCCAAUCCCCAGCUCGGCCUCGCGGUCUUCUCGUCCCGCCGGACGCUCUCCCCGCCCGCGACCCUCCCGGAGUUCGUCCUCGCCAUCUCGCUCGCCGGCCGCGCCCGCGACCCCGCCGCCGCGGCCCGCCUCUUCGCCGAAGCCUCCACCGCAUACUGCCCCGACCAGGCGCUCUACAAUGCCCUCAUGUCCUCGUACAUGCACAGCGGUCUCGCCGACCGCUGCAUCGAGGCCUUCCACACGCUGGAGCGAGACCCACGCUGUGGACCGCCCAAUGCGGACUCCUACAACAUCCUCAUCGCCCUCUUUGGUCGCUCCCUCCUCGUUGACCACAUGGAAGCCACGCUCCUGUCGCUGGAUGCAUCCGGCCACCCUCGGACAAUCGGGACGUACAAUGCAAUCAUCGCCGGCUACCUCACUGCCUGGAUGUGGGAAAAAAUGGAAUCGGUAUUUGAUGAAAUGGUCUCAGGUCAUGUUGCUCCUGACAAAACCACUUAUUUGCUGAUGCUAAGAGGAUAUGCGCAUGCCGGGAUGAUAUACAAGAUGGAGCUGGCUUAUGAGCGAGCACGCCAGCAUGUUGGUCAGGUUGACAUGGUCCAUAUACGUGCAAUGAUAUGCGCAUACUGCAAGUUCAAACACGUAGAUAGGAUUCAAAAGAUCGAGGAGUUAUUGCAGAAGUUGGGUCCUGAUGACUAUAGACCAUGGUUAGCUGUACUGCUGAUCCGGGCAUACGCGCAGGAAGGAUUGGUUGAGAGGAUGGAGCAGUGGAUUGCUGAGGCACUGGAGCGCAAUACCAUUGUCACCACCGUGCAGGUGAUGCGGUCCAUCAUAACAAGCUAUUUUCAGUGUGAUGCAGUAGAUAAACUUGCACAUUUUAUCCGGCAAGCUGAGGAGGCAGGUGGAAGCUUUGUCGGAGCUUAUACCACUGCAAGAUGGUGAUGUAUGGGAAGCAACACCGGUUGCCAGAGAUGCAUGGGGUUUUGGAUGAGAUGGAGUUUUUUCGGUUUGACCGAACAAAGAAAACCUUUUGGAUCAUGUAUAAGGCAUAUGUGAGUUCUGGGCGGAUGGCCGAGGCCAACACAAUACUUUGCAUGAUGGGGAAGCAUGGUUUUGGAUUCCCCCGUGGCGGGUAUAUUCAAUGACAUGAUUUAUGUGGAUGCAACAUGACGCCGCUAACAUCAUAUGGGGCUUUUCAUGCCUUUGAUGCUUAAGACAGCAAAAAGAUAUACAUGGAUCCCUAGAGCUCUGAAGUGCCCUAAAGCAUGACUGAGGCCAGGAGGCACUCAUAUGUUCCAUUUCCCCACCAAUUAACUUCGCACCAGUUUUGAACAUGUGUGCGGCGAUUUUUUGGUAAUCAUACAACUUGUAACCAGCAGAAAAUGUAGUUGUCAAGCUGCAAUAUUAUUGUCAUGUAUUUUGUCGCUUUGUUCCAUGCAUCACAGUCUCCUUUUGCAGCAGCAAAUAAUUGCAGGCUAUUAUGCGAAGCAUUGCUUUCAGAUUGGAAUUCCAAGUGUUCUAAUUUGUUUGGUCUUA